AUGCAACUUGCAGCCACACGCACCCAGCGGAUUGCAUCACAUCCCUCCGCUCGAUGUGACUCAGAUACUGGCUGUUUUCAGUGUUUGAGGAAGUGCGAUGGUGUGACAAGAGCGCGAGCAGAGCACAAUGGCAAAAACAUGUCUGUCCACUUUGACAUGAGAGGACCCCGCAAUCAGAAGUCCAAAUCCCCCUCACUGCUGUUAUUACUACUGCUGCUGCUGAGUGGACUGAAACACACAGUUGUAUGUGAAGAGGAAGAUGCUGAUCCAGAGGCUGAGGGCACUGAGAACAGAGGUGAGGAAGAAGUUGCAGCUGAGAACGAGGGGGACACAGAUCCAGAUGAAAAUGAUGCCAACACCCCUACCACCUACACCACACCUACAGAAGAUGGAGUGAAUGAAGAGGAACGUGGCUCAGGUGGUUCUGGUGAACAUGAAGCAGGAAGCACCAUAAAGCCCACCGAUGAGACAGGAGUAACUUCUUCCUCUUUGGAGGAGGAAGACUUUGAUCUCCUCCUCAUUAUCAUUCCUGUGGUGCUGGUCAUCCUCAUUAUCUCCAUCAUCUUCUGUGGCCUUUUUAUUCACCGCAGACUAAACAGCGGUUCAAGGCCUUCAGAGGUCGACAAGGAAGAUCCAUUUCUAGAUGGCUCCAGCACAGAGAAAGUGCCUAUGCCUAUGUUUGAAGAAGAUGUCCCGUCUGUUUUGGAGUUAGAAAUGGAAGAUUUAGAUGACUGGAUUAAAAAAGAUGGUGAUCAAAACCAACUAGCAUGA